GCGGACAUGUUGCUAACUACAUGAGGUAUUUAUCGGAGGAAGACAACGAGAGAUAUCAGAAACACUUCUCAGCUUACAUUAAGGAAGGACUCGGACCAGAUGAUAUUGAGCCAAUGUACAAGAAAGCUCAUGAGAUGAUAAGAGCUGAUCCGGUCAUACAAGUGAAGGAGAGGAAGAAGAUGGAGACUCAGAAACGCUGGACUAAGCAGAAGUUGACCCUAGCUCAGCGCAAGUCGAAGAUUAAGCAAAAGAAGGCGUCUUUCCUCCGUCAGUUUAAAACUGAUGACGAUGAGUCUGAAGACUAAGAUGUAGAUUGACUGCAAUAUUUGAUUUUGUUUAAAAUAUUUGAAAUUCCACAAUGCUUGUUUGAAUAGACGAAUUUUGGUCACAACCUAA